UAUGGAGGAACUUGGCUUGACAUUUAUUUCUAGAAAAAGCUUUUUACACUCUAGUUUUUCCCACUCCGCAAGUCGACUUAUCCACUGAAUCCAAACCAGAACCGAUUUGAAAACGUUUCAGAUAAUCAACAACGAAACUGAACUGCAAACAAAUGACUGAAUACCCAAUAUUUUGAUUAUCAUCACCCAUUGUUUUCCCAAAAACUCCAUUUAUCCCGACGCCUUUAUGAUUUUCACAAUGAAUUUACGUAUAGCAAGAUAAACAAGUAUCUACAGAAAUAAUAAAACUUCCCUACGUGCAUUGAAGAAUGAAGGGCGAGCCAUUUUAUCCAAGAGAUUAUCUUAAACUUAAAGAAUGCAUGUUUUUCACAACACCGCCGCCAUCCUUACCGCUUGAAAACAAACCUGCCAGUACUAAAGAGGCUGUAUACGCGCGCAGCCGCUGCAAUAGACAACCGACCUUAAAAAAAAAAACAUUACGCGCCAAAAUUAUUAUGAAUCAUAAAGUUUUUUUAAUUCUCAUAAAAAAAUACAAGAAAGUAUUACUCAAAACGUUCGUAGCUCAAUUUUGUUAAUAAUUUAAUUAUUUAGGACUGUUUUAUAGUGAAUUUUAUUAGUGAAAAUGUUAAAAGUUGUGUUAUUUACGAGUGUUUCCUUGUUUAUGGUUUCUUGUCCGUCUAUGGCGUGGAGCCAUGAGCAGGACAAGAAAGGAGAUUACGGAUUUCCGGCCGGAUUGAUGUCAAUAUGUCCUGGCUCCACCAAACCAGCCUUGAUCCCCAAGGGUCAGCUGAAGUACUUGUCCUUCGUGGUCCAGGGCAACGGACGGACCAGACAGAAGUACAACUUUUGGAACGCCAGGGGUAUCGCCAAGGAUCCCAGGGUCAAUUUUGAUAAGAGAACGCUGAUAGUAGCUAUAGGCUACCUGGACAGCCCCAACCUGCCUAUAUCAGCGAUGUUCGCCAAUGAGUACGAGGACAGAGGGUAUAACGUCAUUCUGGUUGACAACCAGAGAUUUGCUACUGUCCACUAUCAUUUAGCAACACGCCUCAUGAGACCUGUAGGCAAGCACGUAGCUGAAAUUCUAGUCCAACUCAUGGAGUACGGACUUGACCCAAGCAAACUGGAACUCCUAGGUUUCAGCCUAGGCUGCCACACAGCCAGCUUCGUAGCCAAACACUUCCAAACCAUGACAGGUCGAAAUAUAUCUACCAUCUCUGCUUUAGAACCAUCUGGUCCUUGCUUUCGGAACUUAGGACCAAAACACAGGCUUGAUGCUGGCGACGCAGAUUUUGUUCAAGUUAUUCACACGAAUAUCGAUGGUUAUGGCAUGGCUACUCCUAUGGGACAUGUCGACAUCUACGUGAAUGGGGGAGAGUAUCAGCCUUCGGAUAUCAGCCUCUACCCAUGCACUACAACUUGCAGUCACUUCAGAGUCCUCCCCUUAUGGGUCUCGGCUUUGAAGAACCCUAAGAAGUUCGUAGCUAUUAAGUGUAGAGAUAUCCAGCAAGCCAGAGACUCUGAUUGUUAUGGCAAUUCUCCUAUGGAACCUAUUUUUAUGGGAAUAGGCAUAGACAAGACUGAAAGAGGUAUAUAUUAUCUAGCUACCUCUAUGGAAUAUCCCUUCUUUUUAGGAGCAAAAGGAUUGAAAGAAGAAUAUGUAUACUGGAAGAGACUAACUAAUAUUAAUAAUGGACAUGAAAUAGAAAUCUAUACGUAAAAUAAUAGCACAAAUUCAGUUAUCUGUUUUAAAAUAAAAACAAAAACUAUCCCUUUGAAGAAAAAUAAAGUUUGCUAGUUUCCUGAAUAUUUCUUAUGCGAUGGCUACCUCUAACCAAAAUAUCCCGGCCUAUCAUGAUCCCACUGGGAUUUAGGGAACCCCAACAAAAACCGAACGGAGUCCCAGUAAAACCGAUUACUAUUGCACUAUCGUAUUGGGGUCGGACCCAUGUUGCGAAAUAAUAAAUGGUAUCGGAUUAUGGGGGUCUUAGGAUGAGGAAAGGAUGCAAUGCUCAAAAAUUCUGACUCUAUCCUUAUUUAUAUAGAUGUCGCUGUAGUCUCAGGUGGUAUGUUAUGGUCUGUACAUUUCGGGGACCUGUAUUUUUAUAUCCUGUUUAUAUGAUUUGAGUAUUGAUCCAUUUAUUUGCAAUAUAACCACGAUGAAAAACUGCUUAGAUAUAUUAUAGGAAAGAAUAGAGACCUGCUCUAGGGAAAUCUCAUCUUAUAACACAGUGCGAGAGAGAUUGUUUCGCGGAGAGGCCCUUUCUCUUUCUUGCAUUACACAGAGAGAUAGAGAUAGAGUGGCCUUCGUGCAGCAAUCUCUCUUACAAUAUGUGUUUACCUCAAAGUCUUGUGUAUGGAGAGAUUUUCGUAAUCUACUUUUCUAUCUAAAUUCUUAUAAGUAUGUGGGUAUCAUGUUUUGUAUGUCAAAUGACACAUGUGGAUUUCGAUAAUAUUUAUGGAGGUACGCUCAGCGUCAAAAGUAGCUGAACAAAUAAACAUUUUAAAAACUGCCUUAUAUGCCUUUUCAAAACUGCGUAAUGAAUCAUCAUUUCUCAAAAACAAAAAAGACAAAAUUUACUUAACAAAAACCUUAAAAAUAUGUAGAUAAAUAAUACUCGUGUAAGUUAUCAACGAUACGGUGCUUAGCAGUUUUGAAAAUUUUGUUUUGUUCAGCUACUUUUGAAGCUGACUGUACAAUAAUAUGAUUAUGGAUCUUGUAUGUAUGAUAGAUAUGGUAUUGCAUAUUGUAUAAAAAUAGGACAUAGUUGGAAAAUAAUGUGGAUUAGCUUCACAACUUUUUGCGUAAGAUCAGCCAGUUGGCCUCCAUAGGACCAAAGACUGCUGUGGCUGCGGGAUUGUUCGCGGUAGGUAGUUACCGUGGCCCUGGUCUGGUCUGGGCCCCAGAAGGAACGUGGUGGGUUUUAGUCUGUAAGAGUCUGACACUCCUUUUCUGCACCCACAAAGGGAGUGGACAUUUGAUGAUUUUCCAAUUUAAAAAAUGACCUAUGGCCAUCGAAUAAUCUGUAAAUACAUGCAUAACAUUUCAAUUAAUUGUAAUUAUUGUAUAAUUUAUGUUAUCAUUAGGUAAAAUCUAAAUACUUACUUAUUUAUUGAAAAGCCAGUAACUACUAGUUCUAGUGAUAUUAUUAUAGUGAGCACUGUUGAAAUAGGUUUUUGUAAGUCAUUAGGUAUUUUAAGGCAUUUAAGCACUAAGCAUAAUAACUACCUAUUCAUUUAGUUUUGUAAGUAGGUACCUACCCAAAACGUCAAUAUGAUGAUGAUGAUGUCCUCCUAGCCGAUUAUCGGCUACGGCGGCUGUUCUCAUUUAUGGAGAUCAGCCAAUUGCGCAGGACAUAUUAUAGUGCACAAGCAUUUGCGCAGACACAGGUGCACUCCCUAUUCCUUCCCUCUCAUAACCCGAUGGGACGGCAAUCCGACACGACCGGAGAGAGAUCAGGCGCAGGACCGACAUUUACGUGCUCUCCGAUGCACGGGUGUAUCAAUCACCAAUUUCCAGGCUCCGGGCUGCUUUGUGAAAGUCUUCUAAAACCCACAAAGCGAUUUCGGCCCGACCCGGGAAUCGAACCCGAGACCUCGUGCUCAGCAGCCGCACUUGCGACAGCUAGACCAACGAGG